AUGGCGAUACAAUUUUCUUUCAUAAGUUCCCCCACGGAUGAUAUCGCCCUGGAAAAAUAUAAAACUUUAAUUGUGCACAUUUCACUCAUGUUGAGCAUAAUAACAGUGACCGUUUCGCUCUUGUUAGUUAUUGUAGCCACUUUCCUUUCAAAAGAUGAGAGCUCCACGUACGUAGACUUAAACAUAAAUGGGGGAGACGGCACUCGGCCCAAGACUUACGUGUACAUACAAAAGGAUUCACCCUCCUUUGCGUUGCAGCUAGAGGGGAAGAAAAGCUCCGUCUCCGUCGACGCUUCCAUGGGGGGAAAUGGAGGGGAAGAACGCAACGAAGGUGCAGUAAACGAAGCGGGGAAAGGUAACAACUCGAGUGGUCAGACGAUGGAUGAUGGGGAAAAAGUGUUUGUCCUUGAUGGAGCCCCCCAGCCACUGCCAAAAGGAACCUCCAAAGGAGACGAAGUAAAUCCUGCUGAGAAACAAAAUGAAGUCAUACGGAUAGUGAUGAAGUGA